AUGACUCAGUUCGGUCAGCAAGGUCAGGAACUGGUCAUUGGCGGACAGCCCGUUACCCAACUUGCAGCGAGAAUCGGGACCACACCUUUUUACGCUUAUGACCGGCAGGUAAUCGCGACAGGAAUCGAACAGCUUAAGCAGGCGUUGCCUUCGUCCAUCAAACUCCAUUACGCCAUGAAGGCCAACCCGAUGCCCGCGGUAGUGGCGCAUCUGACAAGCCUUGUAGACGGUAUCGAUGUAGCGUCAGCUGGUGAGCUGCAGGUUGCGCUUGAUGCGGGAGCUAACCCCCAGGAAAUUAGUUUUGCUGGACCCGGUAAAACCGCCCAAGAGCUGCGGCAGGCCGUUGCGGCGGGUAUUAUGGUAAAUAUCGAGUCAUUCCGUGAAGUGCCGCUACUCGCGCGAGCGUCUACGGAGCUGGGAUUACCCGCACGCGUGUCCGUGCGAGUGAAUCCAGAUUUUGAAUUAAAAAGCUCGGGGAUGAAAAUGGCAGGCGGCCCCAAACAGUUUGGUGUCGAUGCCGAGCAGGUUCCCCAACUGCUGGGGGUCAUUGGUGAACAUGGGCUGGCAUUUGAGGGUUUUCACCUGUUUGCCGGGUCGCAAAAUUUACGGCCUGAAUCAAUUGUAGAGGCUCAACGCAAGUGUUUUGAUUUGGCCGUCGAGCUGUCCUGCAGCGCCCCCUCGCCGGUGCGUUUUCUAAAUCUGGGUGGUGGUUUUGGGAUCCCCUAUUUCCCCGGAGACAAGCGUCUGGAUCUAACCUCGAUCAGUGAAAAUCUGGAUACCAUUGUCGCUGAGGCCAAUAACGUAUUUAAGGGCGCAGAUAUCGUAUUGGAGUUGGGACGCUAUAUGGUCGGCGAGGCCGGAGUGUACGUGUGCGAGAUACUGGACCGAAAAGAGUCCCGUGGCCACACUUUUUUGGUCACCAAUGGUGGUCUACAUCAUCACCUUGCGGCGUCAGGAAAUUUUGGCCAAAUUAUUCGUCGCAACUAUCCGGUUUGUGUAGGCAAUCGGAUGAAGCCGUUAGACGGGCAACAGGCAGAGGCCAAUGAAACCGAAACGGUGUCCGUUGUGGGCCCUCUUUGUACGCCUUUGGACCUCCUGGGGGAUAAGAUUCAGUUGCCCAAAUCUCAGGUCGGCGAUUUGAUCGUUCUGUUCCAAUCCGGUGCCUAUGGACUGAGCUCUAGUCCACAACGGUUUUUAGGACACCCGGAAAUUCUGGAAGUGCUGGUGUAG